CCGCUUGAUUAAUAAAGUAAUGAAAAAUGGCGAAAAGAGAAAAGCGCGUAAUAUAGUCUACGAAGCCGCUCAAAUAAUCGAAAAAAAGUCUUCUUUGCCUUUCUUGACCGUUUUUGAGGGAGCACGAACGAAUGCUAAACCAGGCCUGGAAUUAAAAAGUGAAAUUAUUUUUGAUGCUUGCCACAAUAAAGGUGGUGCCAUUCAAAAAAAGGAAGCAAUUCAGAAAAAAGGUGAAGAAAAUAAGGCUUUUGCCGUUUUUCUGAAUCGAAGCGCCAAGUAG